UAUCUUAACGCUUCCUCUCUCUCUCCCCCAACACACAGUGACACACACACAAUCGCACGCACAUACACGGCAGGCCAGAGAAUCAGAAAUGGAGGACCAGAGUAGUGAAACCGAGGCGGAGCGCUUGCUCAGAGUAUCGGAGUACUUCCUCCGCCACCGUAACUUCGAAAGUAGCCGGAGAUACGCACUCAUCGCCCAAGGAUCUGACCCACACAACCCCCGCGCCGCCCAACUCCUCACCAUAGCGGCCGUCCUCGACGCCGCCGAAACCCGCAUCAGCAGCAACAACCGAGCCGACUGGUACGCAAUCUUGCAAGUCAAUCGUUACUUAAAUGACUCACAUCUCAUCAAAAACCAGUUUAAACACCUGAUUUUACUCCUAAACCCUAAGCAAAACAAGUCCGAUUUCGCCUCCGAGGCCUUUGAGCUCGUUCACGAGGCUUGGGCCGUGUUGUCGAGCCCUUUGAAGAAGCCUCAGUUCGACAAGGAGCUCAAAAUGUUAUCGGAAGGAAAAUGUGGUUUGAUUGAUGAGACAUUCUGGACUGUGUGUCCGUACUGCUACCAUGUGUAUGAGUACCCUAGGGUUUAUGUGGAUUGUUGCUUGAGGUGCGACAAUCAGAAUUGCAGAAGAGGGUUUCACGCCGUGGUGCUUCCGUCUCCGCCGCCGCCUGAGUUGGCAGAGGAUGGUAAGUAUUGGUGUUGGGGUUUUUUUCCGGUGGGGUUUGAGGGCGGUGAACGAAAAGGGUUUCCUUCAUGGACUCCUUUCGCGCCAUUUUGCAUGGGUACUCCGAAAACAGAAGGCAAGGAAAAGAAUGCUGUGCCUGAGAGUGGUGAUACAGAUAGUUUCAUUAACAUUUCUGAUGAUAGUGAUGAUGAUGGGCUUGGGAAUGAAAAUGGUGGCGCAUCCGAGAAUGUCAAUGCCGAGAAGGCAAAAACAGAGGAAGUGAAGAAGAUGGGUGGGAGUUCAAAUGGGUGUGCAACAAAAAGGGUUGAAACAGAGGCUUCCAAUGUGGCUAAGCCGGCGAUGAAGAGGAAGAAAUCGGUGGCCAAACAUUCAAAGAAGUUAAUGGGCAAGGGCACACGAAUUUUGAAACAGGAAAUGGUUCCUUCACAGAGAAAGGAAGAAUUCGACUUGAAUGUGGUGAUGGCAAGUAGGGGUGACCUUAGUGUUGAUGAUGGAGUGGAGUUUUUUGAUGGAGAAGAUGACGUCUAUGUGGGUCUGCAGGAUGAUUUCUGAUGUGGGAAAUGGAGAUUUUGGGGCUUCUUAGGAUUGACAAUGGAAUUCGUCUGUUUUUGGGGCUUCUUUUUUGUUUAUAAGUUUCUAGGGUUGGAUGGUAUAGGAGGGCAACUAAAUUUCUGUGACUGGUUGCAUCAUAGUUGAAAAGGUUAUGGAAACAUGAAAUUUACAGUAUAGUUAUAUAAUCAUAUGCCUUAUGUCAAAAAUGGUGGUAAGGAAAUUAAUUAGGUACCUUUUCAUCAAGAACCAUGUAUUGGGAUUUUAGUUUGCUCAGUGAAUGCUUUGAUUUUACCUAUAAAUUUAGUUUCCUUCAUUGUAGUCUCUUGGAAACCUUCAUCAUCUGUAUGAGUUGAUAGCUUCCUCUUGAUUGAUGUUGAGCAUGCAAUUUGCACGGAUUGUUUAAGCCGGUGAAAGUAUUCCGGUGUGGAAUGAGGUGGUUGAUCCUC